AUGUACCCUCCACUACCACUGUACGCCGUUCCAAAAGACGGUCAACGGGCGUCAACAAACGCAACCACUGCUGCCGUUGCAAUAGAGCCCCCACCAGCACAUUUGGCAAUUCCCGACUACAGUGCACUUGAGAAUGGAAGUGCCUCUGCAACUACGGAAGACGCUGCCAGUCUGCAUCCCCCUGCGAUCUCAUGCACUCAAGGGGACGACUCCGAUCUUCCACUAUAUCGGAACGUUAGCGAGAGGCUGCCGGCUUACACCUCGAGACCCUCUCCUCCAAGAUUCGGAGGUCACGAACCCAGGACACUUCCCAUGAUCUUAUUCAAAAUUGGUUUCUGUUGUCCGCCCAUGUGGAUCUUGGGCGCCUCUUUCGUUGUGGUCCAAUGCCCCAGCAAGUGGUAUCCGUAUCCCUACCGACAUCCAUGGUUGGAGGGACAACAACGAACGGAGGCGGAGAAAGCGGCGUUCAUGGCUCAUGUGCGGGUGGUGGAGGUCAUGUGGGCCAGGCGCUGCUUCAUUGCAUUGGGGAUGGUUUUGUGCUUUGCGUUGGCGGCGGGUGUGACGGGGUUUGCUAUCAUGGAUGCUGAUAAUAAGAUCUCCUGA